AUGACUCGGAGAGUGAUUUUAUGUUUGGUUGUUGUGAUGGCUGUUUCAGGUGGGUUCGUCCAAUCGAAUCCCGCUAAACCAGCAUUCUGGAAAGGCACACCAGUAGCUGGUCUUGUCGAUGAGAUGCGUUCAAUGUGCAAUGAAGAAAAUGAUUCAUUUGCAUGUAUGAAGCUUAAAGUGAUGACUUUCCUAGACACAAUUAUCAAGAAAGACAACUAUAAGAUCACGGAAGAUGUUGAAGUAAGACACAACGGAUAUUCACCAGCCAACGAACAAAGAAGCGACAAGGAUAUUUUAGAAAAGGUCGAAGAUUACGUUCAAAGUCAUGAUGUGACAGUUAAUGUCCCAACUGUUGGUGCUAAAGUUACAAUCUCACCUAAAAGUUUGAACGACGAUGAAUUCAACGUCAAUGUCAAGUUCACAAAUGGCGCUCGCACUCGUAAAUCUAAAUUGAAGAAACUUUUCAUUCCUCUCUUCGUGUUUGUACUUCUGAAAGCAAUGACAUUGAUUCCACUUGCUUUGGGUGUUCUCGGUCUUAAAGCUUGGAAUGCACUUCAAUUAUCGUUCUUCUCAUUCAUCACCGCUUUCUCUCUCGCUAUUUUCCAACUAUGCAAGAAGCUUGCUGCUGACAGUCAUCAUCCACAAAUCGCUGCCCAUGGACCAUGGGAUCAUGGACGUAGUAUUAGCGAAAAACCAUCAAGCGAAGGACAAAACAUGGCUUACAAUGCUUAUGUUUAA